CCCAGUUAAAGCUUCCGUGGUACUGGUCGCCUGGAAGAGUUGCCAACUGGAAGCAAUUGGGUGACGUCAAGCCACGACGGACUGAAAUAAUGACACGACCCUUGGACAAUCAAACAGAUCCGUUCGCCAACUUAGAAAAGAGGAAGAGAAGGCUGCUUGUUUUCAUCGCAACACCUGACUUUUCUUCUCUUCCACAGUCCAGGAGCAGACCGACUUUUUUUUUUCACGGCACCCGACCCUUUAAACCAACGGCACCUUCACUGAGCCACUGCUCAAACACGUCCAAAGAUGGGCUUCUUCAACCGCCGCCCUCGUGACGCCACAACCGCGGCGCCCGCCGCCAAUGGAGCCUCCGCUGCCCACGCUCGGCGCGGCCUAGAGUCGUACUCCAUGGCCACCCGACCACCCUUUGGGCAAUGGCUUAAGGCGACAUGGCUCGACAUCCUGACCAUGGCCGCCCUCGGCGCCGUUGGUCUGGGUGUGUACAACGCCGAUCCGGCCCCAACCCGUUCUUUCGCCGUGCAGUUCCAGGACGGCGAGGUCGUCUACCCGGAGUUUGCCUAUCCCAUGCGCAAGGAGAUCAUCCCCAUCUGGCUGGCCGCAUUCCUCGCGUCUAUCGUCCCCAUCGCCGUCAUUUUACUCAUGCAGAUUCGCAUCCGCAGCUUCUGGGACGUCAACAACGCCGUCAUCGGCCUGCUCUAUUCGCUUAUCACCGCCGCCGUGUUCCAGGUCUUCAUCAAGUGGCUAAUCGGCGGUCUGCGCCCGCAUUUCCUGGCCGUCUGCAAGCCCGACAUCAGCCUGGCGAGCAACGCCCCCGGCGUGGUCGGUGCCGGCUACAACGCGCAGGGGUUCAAGGACAUUUACUACACGCGCGAGAUCUGCACGGGCGACCCGAAUGAGAUCAACGACUCGCUGGAGAGCAUGCCCUCGGGCCACGCGACGGCCGCCUUUGCGGGCUUUGUGUUCCUGUAUCUCUAUCUCAACGCCAAGCUCAAGGUGUUCUCCAACUACCACCCGGCCAUGUGGAAGCUGGUGGCCACUUACGCGCCCCUCCUUGGCGCCUGCCUGAUUGCCGGCGCGCUGACGAUUGAUGAGUUCCAUAAUUGGUACGACCUUCUCGCCGGCGCCAUCAUCGGAACCGUCAUGGCGUUUUCGUCGUACCGCAUGGUCUAUGCGGCCGUCUGGGACUGGCGGUACAACCACAUCCCUCUGAACCGGUUGGCGCCGUUUCCUUAUGGGGGCCCUGCUGAGCUGGAGGGGGCGACUUUCACGAGACGUGCUGGCUGGGGAUAUGGUGCUGCCGGUGCCGACGGAGCGGCUUCGGCGAAGAAUGGGUAUCCCCAGAAUGGUUAUCAUAACGGUGUUGGAGCUGGGCAUCAUGUGCCGCCUAUGACUUCGGCUCACACGCGUGGUGAUAACAUGGUCUAGUGGAAAGCAGGGUUGACUGGGAAGCCUUGGUGGGGGUUUUCUGGUGCGCGGUAUGGAGUCGAUGUAUCUGGAAAUCAGGGAGGAGUUCAAGGUUGCAAACGUAUGGUAAUGUAACUGGGUUGGCGCUUGUUGUUGAUCUGAAGAGCACUUUCCGAUACCUAUGACGAGGCUCAUCUCCGUCCGGUUCUUAUCAAAUCCCUUGAUUUAAUAAUGGCAAUGAC